AACGUUCAUUAUUUCUUCAUCCAUCGUGACCUGUAGAUCGUUUUUGGUCAGGUAUUGUCUCUAGCACAAUACCUCCUUCAGUUAGUCAAGACAAAUGAUGGGCCCGGCUUAGAUACGCAGCAGAAAAAGCCACAGAGGGAGUUUUUACCGACAAGCGACGGAGCCGUGUCGGUCGGGACCUGUGUGAUUGGGAGGCGAAGGUUUCUUUUUGCAGAUCUUGGCCCAAUUUUUCCAUCUUCAGGCCAGCCCAAACGGACAGCAUGCGUCUGACGGCUGUCUUGCUGGCGACAGCCUUGCUGUCGCUGGCCUUGGUGACAGAGGCGUUCGACUUUUAUGGAGAGUGCCCGGACCACUGUGUGCAGAAACAGUGCCACUAUGAGUACGGCUGUUUUCAGUGCAUGCAGGGAUACCUCGCGCACUUCGUGGACGGCAACUGUGCCCGGUCAAAGUACGGUACGUGUGUGAUCACGUGUCCGGACGGCUACCAACCCGAUCCCACCAACGAGUUCUGUCAGGUGUACGAGGCGGAGGAAGACUGAGUUUGAUCCUGCUAGGCGAACAUACCGACGAUCCAACAAGGCCCAGACCUACGGAGAACCAACACGUUUUGUUCUUCAGUUUUCACUUUUGUUUCCACUUCCUCUUUAACAGUCUGAGAAAAUCUAACGCCGAGGACGUAUCUUUGAUGAACUUUUUCUAGCAUUGAAAAAUGAUGCAAGUCAUAUAUAAGCUAUGAUCAAUGUCAAAAGUAUAAAGACAUCAAAAUCGAUCAGUUCUCUCAAAUAAGAAUUAGAUCAUCUAUGGUACCGUUUGGAAAAAAGAUUUAAGAAUAAGUCUGUGGUGCAUAAUGACAAAUAAAAGAAGUACCGUACGUUGCCGAUCAUAUCAACGGAUUAACUUGUAUUCAAGAGUGUUGAGAAAAGGGCAAGGAUUUUGUUGCGCUACUAAAUCCACAAAGACGGGAAAAACAACAGAAGCGAAGAUCACAUGUACUCUGUACAGUAGCUGAUACGGAAUGUGCUUUGUAAAGAAAGGUGGUUCUGUAGUAAAUUACAUUGAUUUUUGUUCAAUCACUGCGUGAGGUUAAACUCUUUUUCUUUUAGCUUUGUGUCUCAUUUCUUUCAACUUCCGUCCUCUGUGGAUAAAACUAUCGAGCAUGAAAUUUACAGUGUUAU